CUUUUGAAUAAAAAAUCACAAGUGUUAAGUGGCAAUCAAUGCAAUUGAUUGCAAAAAAUAAUAGAAACUUCAACAACUUUGCGGUUUUUGCACAUUUUCAUUUGUUAAACAAUAAAAGAAGUGCCAUGGACAGCAGCAACAACAGCAGCAUGGAGGUGGAUGAAGAGCGUGCUGACUCCUCAGGAGCAAAUGGCGAUAAUGCGGAGGCGUCGGAGCCAAUUCAUUGGCGCUGUCAGCCCAUAGAGUCGGUGCAUCGUGGUCUGCAGCCGUACGAGCUAGAACAUUUGGCUGCAGUGCAUCCAACUCCUUUGCAUCGUGUGCUGUAUCGUCAUCCCAUACGUGAAGCAAUGGACGAGCCGCCGCUGCCCUUUCGCGCCACUGCUCGCUGGGAUUCUGAGCAUGUGCGUUUGCCCUGCGCUUUGGAGAGUAAAUAUCCAGUGGAGGCUGAGGAUGGCAGCACCAACAUAGACUCACGUUGGGGCAUGAUCGAACGUGCGUUGCUGCGUCCCAUUACCACUAGCAAGCAAUUGCAGGAGGCAAUUCUCAGCUAUAACUCCACCUAUAAAGCUCACUGGAGUUUCCGCGCAUUGCAUCAGCUGCUCAACGAGGAGGUGGAUGAGAGCGAGGCCAAGGUUUUCUUCGAGGAUCUCUUGCCGCGCAUUAUACGCCUCGCUUUGCGUCUGCCCGAGCUAGUGCAGGCGCCCAUUCCAUUGCUUAAGCAAAACCAAACUGUUUUGCUUACCUUGUCGCAACAGCAAAUUAGCUGCCUGCUGGCCAAUGCUUUUCUUUGCACCUAUCCACGUCGUAAUACGCUCAAACGCAAAUCGGAAUAUAGCAAUUUUCCAGAUAUUAAUUUCAAUAGAUUAUAUCAAUCGACUGGCGCAGCGGUUUAUGAGAAGCUCAAAUGUCUAUUGCACUAUUUUCGACGCGUUUGUCCCACUGAACGAGAUGCCAGCAAUGUGCCCAACGGCGUUGUGACUUUUGUGCGUCGCAGCGCCAAACCAGAGUCGAAUCCACAAUGGGACUUAAGCGCUGCACAAUUGGCCGGCAUACCAGUGCAUGUAAAUGCCGCAGGCACAAUCGAGGAUCAGGGUGUGGGCCUGUUGCAAAUGGACUUUGCCAACAAAUUUAUAGGCGGCGGUGUGCUUGGACAUGGCUGUGUGCAGGAGGAAAUACGCUUUGUCAUUUGUCCGGAGCUAAUGGUGUCCAAGCUAUUCACGGAGUGUCUGCUGCCCAGCGAGGCGCUGUGGAUACUUGGCGCGGAGCGUUACAGCAACUAUACUGGCUAUGCCAGCAGCUUUACCUGGGGCGGCAAUCAUGAGGAUCUAACGCCGCGCGAUAGCUCCAGACGUCGCCAGACCGCCAUAGUUGCUAUUGAUGCAUUGAGCUUUCAACAGGCCUCAAUGCAGUCACAAUAUCGCGAGGAUCUCAUAUUGCGUGAGCUGAACAAAGCAUCGAUUGGCUUUAAGCAUUGGCUAACAACGCCGCCGCCAGGUGUCGCCACUGGCAAUUGGGGCUGUGGCGCUUUUGGAGGCGAUGCACAUCUCAAGGCGUUGAUACAGCUAAUGGUCUGCGCCCAUCACAAUCGCCCGCUGGCCUAUUUCACAUUUGGCAAUCUGCAGCUGCGCGACGAUUUGCAUACACUGUGGCUAAUGUUUCGCGAGCAACGCACCACUGUGCAGCAGCUUUGGGCACUGCUGCGCAGCUAUAAGCUGCAGCCCAAGCAAACGCUCUAUCAAUUUGUGCUGCAAGAGAUCAAGCAGCAGUCGCAGGCAGCGGCGACCACAGUCAAGUGCGUGGCAGCAGCGCAGCAGGAGCAGAAACAGGAACAGGAGGAAAAGGCUGCAGUGGUGGCCAUGCUGGCUGCCACAUUGGAGAGCGUUGACAGCAGCAACAGCAGCAGCAAUCAAUCGGCGACAGUAGCAGCCACAGCCGAGGCAAUUGUAGCAGCCGCCGCCGCAGCAGCAGCUGAAGUUGUUGCCGCCGAGGCAGUAGCAGCCGCCAUUGAUGCCACAGUAGCAACUAAAAGCAGAAAAGCUGCUGGCCCAUCGACUUCACGUCAGCUAACGCUGCUGGAAAUGCUCGAUCAACAUUAUGUGGAGGGUCAAGCUAAUGGCGGCCAAGCCAAGCGUCAGCAUCUGUCAACGUCGGCGAGCUGCAGCAGCAUUAAAACGCGCAAGGAUUGCGAGGACGAUGCACCUGGCACCAGCAAAGGCAGCAAAACACCGCAAGAGUAAACAACAACUAUUGCUAUCUCUUUCGUUUUGGCUAUUUGCCAUACAAGCAAAAACACACGAAGUUAGUUUAUAGGUUGCGUCAUAUGAUUUUUAAUAUUUAACAACAUUAAAUAUUCGACUGUUAGCAUUUCUUUCAAAACGAAUUGAGUUGCAUAAGCAUUAAACAUUUGUUAAUAACAUUAUUAACAAGCGUUAGACUUAAGUGUGUGUGCGUGUGUGUGACCAAACUCAAUUGUAUCUAUAGCAUGAAUUUUAAAGCUAAAAGCAUUAAAGCUCUAAAUGUAUAGUUGAGAGUUAAAUAAACUAGUUGUAAGACUUACUGGCAUUAUUUAAAUGUUAUCAACGUUGCUUUUAUUUAGCGCCGAUAUAUAUACAUAUAUGCUCAUUAUA